AGCCGCCACCGUGUUAUGGGCGUGCGCAACUGCCUCGACGGCAAUAAUAUGUCAGGACAAUGCAAUAGCCCCCUUGAACUCGGGGAACAGCCCGAGCAACCACCUUUGGAGGCCCCAGGGGCAGCUGCCCCCGGUGCUGGGCCUGGCGCAGCCGAAGAGAUGGAGACCCCACCGCCUCACAGCGAGCCCAUCCCCGUCGAGAUUGAAGGUGAGGCCUGUGGACCCCCAGAAGUCUCCAGGCCCAAGUUCCAGGGCCUCAGCCAGGCCAUCAAGGAAGCCGGAGCCCAUGGAGGCUACAGCCCACCUCCUGAAGAAGCCAUGCCCUUCGAGGUCGAGCAGUCCAGCUUGGGAGGCUUCUGGCCUACCCUGGAGCACCCUGGAGACACCACUGGGGCCCAUGCAGGCCUUGAAGCCUUCAGCCCACCGAUCGUGGAGCCCGGAGCCUUCGGUGAGGCUAGGCCAAGCCUGGGAAGCUACAGCCCUCCUCCCGAAGAAGCUAUGCCCUUUGAGUUUGAGCAGCCUGCCCAGGGAGGCUGCAACCAACCUCUCUUGCAGGUCUCAGACCUCGCUCCAGGAGGCCCAGGUGCGGGGGUCUUCAGGGCUCCUCCCGAGGAGCCCCGAGCCCUCAGACCUGGAAACGCAGGCUUCAGAGGAGGAUGCAGCCCUCCCCCUGAGGAGGACAUGCCAUUUGAGUUUGAUGGAGCAGCCUUUGGGGACGACAGCCCACCCCCUGGGCUCCCCCGAGCUAUCCCACAAAUCGACGGCCUUGGCGGCAACCAGAUCGCGGCAGUCGCGGCCCCGAGUGCGGUCCUCCUCGCUCCCGCCGCGAACGAGCCCCCCCUCUGGGUCCCAGGCAUCAUCGGCAGCCCAUCUCGAGAGGCUGUCAGACCUCCUCCACACUUCGCGGGCGACAGCCCCCCGAUGGAGAUCUCCGGACCCCCGCGCGAGAUUGGCAGCGCCCCCGUUGGGGUCGACGACGCUCCCGUCAACGUGGACAGCCCCCCAAUCGCGCUUGACGGCCCGCCCAUCGAGGUCUCCCGAGCCCCAGUUAAGAGAGAGCAAGCAGAGGGAGAGAGACCCCCAGUUGAGGGAGAAGCAGCCGAGAUGGAAGGAGGCUCAGCCACCGCUGCCGCGGAGAGAGGCAAAGUCCCCGAUCCCGGAGACAGAGCCCCUAACGCCGGAGCAGCCCCUGACACGCCAGCCGCCGGGGCAGCCCCUGCCGCCCCUGACACGCCAGCCGCCGGGGCAGCCCCUGCCGCCCCUGACACUCCAGCCGCCGGGGCAGCCCCUGCCGCCCCUGAUGCUCCUGCCGCCCGGGCAGCUCCUGUCGCCCGGGCCGCUCCUGUCGCCCGGGCCGCCCCUGUCGCCCGCGCCACCCCUGUCGCCCGGGCCGCUCCCGCCGCCUGGGCAACCCCAGCCUCUGGAGCGCGACCCAAGAUCAGUUUCCUCAGACCCCCCAGCCCCGAGAUCCAGGCUGCCGAUCCGCCUCCUCCGCAGCCUCCUCGCGCGUAUGCCUGGCGGGGCAGGUCUGAGCGCAGCUGCUACCGCGGCGGCGACGACGACGACGACAUGUCGGCCAGCAGCGACAGCGGAGACGAAUCCGACGACGGGACCUUCGGAUGGCGCCGCUGGUUUCGGUCCAGGCGAAACCGCCGCCGCCGAAAGAGCCGGCGCAACUUGCUCCGCAACUUCCUUGUUCAGGCCUUCGGAGGCUGCUGCUGCCGAUCCGAGAGCCCCCAGGCCAGAGGCUCCCUCAGCCCCAAGGUCAAGAAGGUUGCCCUGGCGGAGAAGCGCAGACAGACCCGCAAGGAAAGCAUGGAGAAGCGCGCCCAGAAGCGCGCCGAGAAGAAACGCGGCAAGCUCAUCGACAGGCAGCUCCAGGACGAGAAGAUGGGCUACAUGUGUACGCACCGCCUGCUGCUGCUAGGUGCUGGAGAAUCUGGUAAAAGCACCAUCGUGAAGCAAAUGAGGAUCCUGCAUGUUAAUGGGUUUAAUGGAGAGGGCGGCGAAGAGGACCCGCAGGCUGCAAGGAGCAACAGCGAUGGUAGUGAGAAGGCCACCAAAGUGCAGGACAUCAAAAACAACCUGAAAGAGGCCAUUGAAACCAUCGUGGCCGCCAUGAGCAACCUGGUGCCCCCCGUGGAGCUGGCCAACCCCGAGAACCAGUUCAGAGUGGACUACAUUCUGAGCGUGAUGAACGUGCCAGACUUUGAUUUCCCUCCCGAAUUCUACGAGCACGCCAAGGCUCUGUGGGAGGACGAGGGGGUGCGUGCCUGCUACGAGCGCUCCAACGAGUACCAGCUCAUUGACUGCGCCCAGUACUUCCUGGACAAGAUUGACGUCAUCAAGCAGGCUGACUAUGUGCCCAGCGACCAGGACCUGCUGCGCUGCCGCGUCCUGACUUCUGGAAUCUUUGAGACCAAGUUCCAGGUGGAUAAAGUCAACUUCCACAUGUUUGACGUGGGCGGCCAGCGUGAUGAACGCCGCAAAUGGAUCCAGUGCUUCAAUGAUGUGACUGCCAUCAUCUUCGUGGUUGCCAGCAGCAGCUACAACAUGGUCAUCCGUGAGGACAACCAGACCAACCGCCUGCAGGAGGCCCUGAACCUCUUCAAGAGCAUCUGGAACAACAGAUGGCUGCGCACCAUCUCUGUGAUUCUGUUCCUCAACAAGCAAGAUCUGCUCGCUGAGAAAGUCCUUGCUGGAAAAUCGAAGAUUGAGGACUACUUUCCAGAAUUUGCUCGCUACACUACUCCUGAGGAUGCGACUCCCGAGCCCGGAGAGGACCCACGCGUGACCCGGGCCAAGUACUUCAUUCGAGAUGAAUUUCUGAGAAUCAGCACUGCUAGUGGAGACGGGCGCCACUAUUGCUACCCUCACUUCACCUGCGCUGUGGACACAGAGAACAUUCGCCGUGUGUUCAACGACUGCCGUGACAUCAUCCAGCGCAUGCACCUCCGUCAGUAUGAGCUGCUCUAAGAAGGGAACUUCCAAAUUUAAUUAAGGCCUUAAGCACAAUUAAUUAAAAGUGAAACGUAAUUGUACACGCAGUUGAUCACCCACCAUAGGGCAUGAUUAACAAAGCAACCUUUCCUUUCCCUCAAGUGAUUUUUGCGAAACCCCCUUUACCCUUCAGCUUGCUUAAAUAUUCCAAAUUUAGAAAGCUUAAGGCGGCCUACAGAAAAAGAUAAAGGAAAAAAAGGCCACAAACGUUCCCUCUCUCUUUAAGUAAGUAAAAUAACAGCAGCAAACAGAAAUAAAGAAAUAAAAGAAUAAAUGACAUAAAUGAAACAAAUGAAAUAAAUAUUGUGUUGUGCAGCAUUAAAAAAAAAUCAAAAUAAAAAUUAAAUGUGAGCAAAG